CUUGGACCAAUCCUCUCAAUCCUCCUCCACCACUUCUGAUACAUCCCGCUUACCAUUCCACACACUACUAUCUUUGUUCUUGCUGUCCUGUGCGCUCAAUCUCACCCCUCCAGGUCUUACAUGCUGUCUCAUCAUGGCCACACCUCGUCGUAGGUCGGCGCGAUUGAGCAAGGCUGCUCAGCAACAGCGUGCUUCUCCUCGUAAACUCCCUUCCAUACCGCUGGGCUCUCUUGUCGAGAGAGACGAGACUCCCGAUGUCUCCGAGCCACAAUCAAUCGACGAUGUUAUUGCGACGCCAACAUCCUCCGCUACCAUCAAGUCACAACUACAGAAAUUCUCGGGCCUCAAGACACCCAGAACCGAACCACGUCCUGAUCAUGGCGAGAUGCAUCCAGAGCAAAUCCACCAAACCACCACGAAGGCGCCCGACUCUGGCCUCAAGCUAGGCUUUGUGGAUGUACCAGCAAAUCCUCACCAUUCGGUCGGAAGUGCACAGAACACACCAUCCAAAGUCCGAUCACAUACACCAGCAAAUCUGUCAUCCACAAAUUUCGACUUCAACUUCGGCGCCGAGUCUCAAUUGAGUAGUGCAGCGCAAGAGUUGAUGGACAAUGUCCGUGAGGAGGCGGCUAGGAUUAAAGCACAGAUGCGAGCGGAGAAGGAAACUCAACAGCAAAAGGAUGAUGAGGCAGAGGCUGCUUAUGGCGGGACGAAUGCUGCAGGCCGAAAGAUCGCCAGAGCAAAGGGCAAAGCAGGUCGUUUCAGCGACAUCCAUAUGGCUCAAUUCAAGAAGAUGGACUCGAUAUCCAAUCAUGCGUCCGCUUUCAGAAGCAAACCUGGCUUUGCGCAGCCUACAUCCCAGUCACUCAAGCGCAGUGGUUCCAGGGCUGGCCUUGACGAGGAUGAACGACCUCGAACAGCCGGCAAGGGAACUCCAGGACGCCGGCCUCCACCAUUCCUUGGCCGCCCUACUUCCGUCAGUCCGUUCAAAUCUGUCCCUGCACAGCCAGAGCGGCUUGAGAACACGGCCUCGGCGAAGCGGCCCCGACACUCGGGUUCACAAGACGUGUCUGCAACUCGACCAGCGGAAGCUACACAAGCUGCUCGGCCUACCACGUUGCCAAAGCCAGUCUCCAGCAGCUUACUAUCGCCUACAAAAGCAUCAUUGGCCCGGACCACAACAAGUCAGAUCCCUGUGGCCUCGCCAAAUAAGGCUCCUGCGCUGAGACGCCCUGCGUCCGUCAAGUCUCUGAGAACCACUGAUGCCGUGCCCAAUGAUAGACCUGCCACUGCUCAUGGAGCUCCUGCUCAGCCCUCUACCCAGAAGUCACCACCAGCUGGUAUUGCUUAUGCACAUAAGCCUUUGCCAGCGCCACCGAGAAGUGCUAUAUCUUCCCAUUCUGGAGUCAUUGCCGCAUUCCAACAUGCGAGCUCCACUGCGGAAACCUCGGCUGAUAGCAGCCACCACGGUUUCUCUUCAAGACUCCCCACGUUUGCAGGACUCAAGUCCAUCCUACGGCCUGGACGCAAGACUGAUAUGUUGGCAUCCAUUAGCGAGAGACAAGGUACUCCUCAACGUCCCACUCCUACAACUUCUGCAAAUGGCUCGGUCAAGAAGGUGGAUUUCACACCAAGUGUCAAAUCACGUUACGCCGUAAAGCUAGCAGCUGGAAGUCCAAGCCCUGCAAAGCUACCACAUCUCACACCGGGCAAGGCCCUUGCGCCUCUUGUUCCCUACGACCCAGCUGCGUACAUUCUUGAUGAUGAAGACGGUGAUGACAAUUGGGAAGAUGCCGAGAGUGAGAUUGAUUAUCCCACCUUGCCAGGGGCAGAGCCAUCAUCCAGCCCUAUGCAACCACAGCCGGCACAUGCAUUGAUGGACAAGUCGAAAGAUCACAAUCGGCGCGAGUCCAAGGAAUUCAAAUCCAUUUUCACAACAUUGCAUCAUCCGUCUCGUCCAUCACCUUCAUCAAUUCUUACUUCAAUCAAUACAACAGUCAACAAGACCGAUCCGACUGUCCAUGCCAAUACAGUCAUGAGAUCGCCCAGCAAUGUCAACUACUCGAACCCAUCACCAUCUACCAUCCGCCAAGUCCGUACUUCCGGUGUCACCGACCUUGUGCAACCUUUCGAAGACGCGGACGUCAAGACCAUGCCUCAUGGAUUGCCGGGCAAGAAGCGUCGUCGCCAUUCAACCAUCGACGAGGAUUCACAGAGCACUGAGGACGACGGCAAGGAGAAUCGCCGCAUCUCGGUCAUGCCGUCCAUCCCGGGUGGCUGGCAGGAUACCUCGCAGCUUGAUGAACAAGAUGAAGGCGAGAAGCGAGGUGGCAAGCGUGCUCGUGUUAGGACCUUCGAUGAUGCAGCGGAAAAGAGCCCGGUCAAAGAAGUCAAGAAACCGCGACAGAGCAUGGCACGCGAAAUGGCCAAGAAUAAUGCGAAUGCUCGGAAGGGCAAAGGAAUCUUGAGCUUGAGUCGCUUGAACAUGCUCAGUCGUCCGAAGCAGAGAGAUUGAGAAGACCCUUACUCUGACGACUGAAACAUCAUCUCAUCAUAUCGAAGAUGGGUAGACCAUUUGGUCUCAUGUGGCUGUGGAACGUUGGGAG